AUUCAUAUCUAAUAUGUUUGCUUACUUCUCAUCGCAUUUUCAAAAUUGGUCAUAGGAAGAUAUUUCUUGUCAGACUGGAUGAGUUUCUAUGAUCGCUCGUUACCKCUAUCGCUAUUUUUCGAUCCAUCUUUUUCUAUCGCAGCGUUUUAAUAUCAUAUGUUCGCUGUACGUAAAAAUGACGCUGGGUGCAUCAGGAGUGACUUACAUUUAUACCAUCGAAACAGUGAAAAGAUCAAUUUAACACCGUAAAAAGCAGUGUGUAUGAUGGKCCAUAUCUUUAGGAAGAUUACCAGCAGCAAUUGUUGUGGUGUGAGACGAACCACGGACAGCACGUGGUCAUGGGUAGUUUGUUUGUGUGGACUGGUAUCCAAUACUAUAGUUACAGGCUGCCUUGGAAGCUUUGCUGUAAUGUUUCCCGCCAUAUUGGAUGAAUUUAGUACUAGCAAAGGCACAACAGCACUGGUUGGCUCAGUAGGUAUGUCCUUUGCAUACCUGUGCGGGCCAAUAGCUGGAAAGCUUACCAAGAAGUUCGGUUGUCGUUGUAUUGCCAUAUUUGGAUCAUUAAUGAUGAUGUCAGGUUUGAUAUUCUCAUCCAAGGUCCCCAAUAUGUACCUACUAUUUGUUUCAUACAGUACAAUAUCGGCCUUCGGCAUGUGCUGCAUAUACACUUCUGCGAUUCUUAUAGUGASCAAAUAUUUCGACAAACGACGUUAUCUUGCCAUUGGUAUUAUCGCCAUGGGACCUGGUGCGGGCGUCUUUGUAAUGACACCUAUCGCUCAAACCUCUCUGGAUAUGAUUGGUUGGCGCUAUACUUUUGUUGUUUUAUCUGGUUUUGCUCUGAUGGCAACGCUUCUCUCUUGUACAUUUGACCCAGCAAUUGUGAAUGAAGAAGCAUGCUACGACGAUGAUAUUGGUCAGCAAAUGGUUAAUAGAGAAGUUGACGUACCUUUUUGGAAAAAUCCAGCAUGGACAGUUAUGACAUUAUCAACGGCAAUUAUUAGCUUUGGCGCUCCGGCUCCUCAAGUACAUAUGGUUCGUUAUUGUGAGGAGCUGGGAUACACUUCAACUAAAGGGUCAAAGUUGUACAUUUACUUUGGAGCAGCCUCCUUGAUAUUUCGAGUAACUACUGGAAAAUUUCUUGAAAUCACUAAACAAUCUCAAUGGGCCAAGCCUCAGUAUUUUUAUCAAGUCAGUGUUUUCAUAAUUGGCAUAACAACUGUACUUUGUCCUCUCAGCAAUAAUUUUUCCUGGCUAACUCUGUAUUUUACAUUAUUUGGAUGUGCUGACGGAUGCUUUUGUACGUGUAUGAAUGUGGUCAUAUUGAAUACUGUCACAGAAAAGCAAAGAGAUCAGUCGUAUGGAUUUUGGCUGGGAGCGUUUGCAAUUCCAAUGGCCCUGGGGCCAACUGUUGCAGGUUUCAUGGCCGAUGCUUAUGGUACAUAUAAACCUGCAUUCUAUAUGACUGGAAGUGUUAUUAUCCUAAGCGGCCUUGUCAUUUUUAUUUUGCUGUUCUGGAAACCUCAUCAACCUGAAUGCAACGAGAUACUUUUAGAAAGUACAUCGAUUAUUGUAGAAAGGGAGACAGUUGUUUAAGAAAAGUAUUAUUUAAUAAUUCAUUAUUUAAGUAAUAUAUAAAAUAUGAGUGGGAUAUCUUUAUGGGCUUUGAAGAGAAACUCCAAAUAGUCAACUUUAUAGAUAUUUUGGUUCGAUGACUAUGUACAAAAGAACGCACGCGAGGUUCCGGGAAAACAAUGGAUAAUCUUGAUUUAUUCUUUUAUUUCCCCGGAGCCUCGUCUAUAAUUAUUUUGUGCAUGUUCACUGAACCAAAAUAUCAAAAGUCGGCUAUUAAAGUCUUAUGAUUCAAAUCAGGAGAAAUCUCUUGCUCAUACUAGGAUUCGGGCACUGCAAUGAUUUUYUAUUGAGUUUACCUAACAAAUUAUUAUGAAUUUUAUAAGAAUUUUUAUCAAUAUUUACGCAGUUAAAUGAUGUCAAUGUUUUCUUUCCUUUUCAUUCAGUGAAAGAAUCAAUGUAUAAGAGUAAAGAAAGAGUGAAACAGUUGUUGAUUAUGUGAGCUCAUAUAGGAUACUAUACAUAGAUUCAUGUUUGAGACCAUGAUAAUCUGGUAGCCCACUACUUUUUACGCUAUUCUUGAUCGAUUAACACGUUAAACUACUGUCAGGAUGAUGGGGAUGACUAUUCCGAGUUUGAGUUUCACCCACAAACACCGUUGUUUUAGAUAGACGACGUAUACAAGGUAGUGUAUUACAGACGCGUUUCAAAGCCCGUUAGUCUUUGUACAGUGUUUGGCACUACACGCGGCUAUGUUCCUUUCCCCUUAGCACACGACUCCUCGUUGAAACUUAACCAUCUAGAGUUUUCCGAUUUAGCGGAACUUCCGCGGAAGUUUGUUCCACACUUCCACCUGUAGUAAUGAGUUCAAUUGCGACCUCAUUAGCAUAACAAAAAAAAUGAAUAGAAUAAAAAACGGUUUUCA